AUGUCAGAUGAAUCUAAUUCUGGGUGGGCAGGCAUCAAGGUCGUAGCUGAGGUGAUGAAGAGCAAGUACUGGCCAGGGAACUUGAACUCCCUAUACUAUCAUGAGAUUGCAUGCUCUGACGAAGAGGGUCAUUACUCAGGGUACAUCCAGUACAUAGGCCAAGUCAGAAGAUACGGCCUCAGUAAAAUUCAAGUCAACAACAAUUGGUACAAUAUCCUGGAGGUCAUAUUUUCGAGUCAUAGCCUGGUUGGUCAUGACACUGUUUGCUACUUGGUCAGGAAGGAUGACCAAGAGUACAUCAUCAAGGUCCACUGGGUCCUUGGAAAUGCAGAUGAUGAAAAUAUCUUAAAUGAGGUCAUUAUAUUGAAGAAGAUGCAGGUAAGCAUAUCUCUCCUUCCAAAUAUACAUAUAAAAGUGAUCUCCCAGUUCAACAGGAAGCACAUGCAUGAGAACAACUAUGCCAUCAGUGAGAUAGGCACAGUUCCAUUCAUGUCACAGCAGCUCCUUUUGGCAAUUGAAUCCGUCAAGCAAGACUAUUCAGAUGAUCUUGAAUCACUGUUUUACAUCUUUUCUUUGGUCUGCAUUGGAUGCAGUGUCACACUUGGCAUGGAACACCAUUUGAACACUUUGAAAGCAUGGCUUCCACAUGCAUGGAGCAACCAGAGUAUUGCUGGAUGCUUUGAUAACAGCAAAGCUGCAAUCACAAUGCAGUUUGACAACUACUUCAAGGAUUUUAUUCUGCUUGGAUUGGAGUGGAUGGACCUCCUAAGGCUCAAUUUCCCAGUUCAGGUUGGCAGUGUUGAUGGCCAGGCUCUCCACCGACCCAUUGAAUUUGAUGCGCUGCUUAAGAUCUUGGACAAACACAUUCACUGUGGAAAUGAGAAAUUGUCCAGACCCUAUCUGGACGUGGAUGAAUUGUCUGCCUAG